GGAGGACCAAGUGAUCGAAGCGGUAGCCGCCGAGUGAGAGUGACGCGUCGCGACGCCAUGGCAGAAGACUUCGGCGCCUUCAUGGAGAGGUUCGUGCUGCCGCCGCCGCCGCCGCCGUCGUCGCAGCAACUCCCCCUGCACGGCCUCACCUUCGCCAUCAAGGACAUCUUCGACAUCGCCGGCCGCGUCACCGGGUUCGGCAACCCGGACUGGGCGAGGACCCACGCGCCCGCCGCCGCCACCUCCCCCGUCGUCCUCGCCGCGCUCGCCGCCGGCGCCACCAGCCUCGGCACCACCAUCAUGGACGAGAUGGCAUACAGCAUCUAUGGCGAGAACGCGCACUACGGCACGCCGGCCAACCCGUGCGCCCCCGGCAGAGUCCCCGGCGGAUCCUCCAGUGGCUCCGCCGUCGCCGUCGCCGCCAACCUCGUCGACUUCUCCCUCGGCACCGACACCGGCGGCAGCGUCAGGGUGCCCGCUGCCUACUGCGGCAUCUUCGGCCUCCGCACCUCCCAUGGCCUCGUUUCCGCUCAAAACGUCAUCCCCAUGGCACAAAUGUUUGAUACUGUUGGUUGGUUUGCCAGAGAUCUAUCUACGUUGUCUCGUGUAACCAAAGUGUUGUUGCCACUUCCUGAUGACACUGUCAAGCACCCAACUCAUGUCACAAUUCCCAUGGACUGUUUCCAAAUCUUAGGGUCUCCUGAUGACCAUACAUAUCAAAUCGUCAAUGCUUCAGUAGCCAAGAAAUUUGGUAGUCACGCAAUAGACAAUGCCAACCUUGGAGACUUCGUCUCUGACAAUGUUCCAAGCAUAGGGAAGUUCAUUGCUGACUUCUCUGAAAGCGAACUACCUUCCGUGCCAGCUCUCUCUGUCAUUUCACAUGUCAUGUUCAGCCUUCUGAGGUCUCAGUUCAAAGCAAACCAUGCAGAGUGGGUUAACUCUGUAAAACCUAACCUAGGCCCUGGAUUACGAGAGAACAUACAUGGGGCCGUUGCAUCAGGGGAUGAUGAACCCCUGGAGGAAUUUCUAGCCGUAAGGGCCGAAUUCAAGUCUGCACUUGCUGCUCUUCUCAAGGAUCAUGGAAUCCUUGCGAUUCCUACGGUUCCUGGCCCUCCACCAAUGGUGGGCAUUCAGGCGCAGGCUGCUCCUCUGGAUAAUUACCAAGCAAGAGCAUUUUCCCUUCUCGACAUCGCUGUAGUAUCCGGGUUUUGCCAGGUGAGUAUUCCACUGGGCAAGCGCAAUGGUCUUCCUGUGUCAGUUUCGCUGGUGGCACGACAUGGCGCAGACCAUUUCCUCCUCAAUGUGGCUGAGGAGCUGUACCAGACGCUCAUAGACGAAGCCGCUAAAGCUUGGGCCUCCUGAAUCCUCCAGCCCGAUUUCAUCUGUAUAUACCUACUAAUACAAAGUCUAAACACGUAUUAUAUUGCAUAUAUGGAAUAAUGGAAAUGGGGUGAUACAAUCCACCCAAUGUAAACUUGCAUAUGCAUAUAUACAUGAACUAGCUGAUACCUCGCACUUUGCUGCGAAAUACGUGGAUGAAUGUAUGUUAUACAUCAGAUAAAUGUAUAUGUUUAAAUAAUGUGAAAAUGAUGUGGAGAUUAAAAUACUCCACAUAAUAGUUGCUAGUGAGUCAUAUAAUUUAAAAUAUUUUAGAUAAUAAUUGCUAGUGGAUGAUGAUGUGACACACUUGCACGUUAAGUUUUAGACAAUGUUAUUUGGAUUAAA